CUCAUGCGUCAAUGACACUUCUAUAAACAAAUAAAUCUCAUAUAACAAGGUCCCCUGUCUCAUCUUUUUCUUCAAAACAUCUUGUACCAAAAAACAACACAACCAACAAUGCAAACUCCAAGCCACAAACAGCUUCACUUUGUGUUCAUUCCCCUCAUGUCUCCUGGCCACCUCAUGCCUAUUGUAGACAUGGCUAGAUUGUUUGCACAACACGGCACUGUGGUGACCAUAAUCAGCACUCCCCUGAAUUCCAAACGUUUUAGAUCUAUUGUGGAUCGUGCUGUUGAGUCCGGGCUGGAAAUCAGGCUGCUGGAUCUUGAUUUUCCAGCAGCUGAGGCUGGCUUACCGGAGGGCUGCGAGAACAUGGACUCCAUCUCACGUGACAUGAUCAAGAACUUUUUUGUAGCAUCCCAGAUGCUGCAGAGGCCAUUUGAAGAGCUUUUUGAUCAGCUGAGUCCACGUCCUAGUUGUAUAGUUUCUGGGAAGAAUCUUGCAUGGACGGUUGAGACUGCGCGAAAAAUGAAGAUUCCGAGGCUGUUUUUUGAUGGGAUGGGGUGUUUUUCCUUCUCAUGCACUCACCAUUUGAAGAUGUCUGAGGAGUUUAGCUCUGUGUCUUCCCGGUUUGAGUCUGUUUUGGUGCCUGGUUUGCCUCAUCAGAUUAAGUUGGCCAAGGCUCAGUUGCCUGAGGCCUUGAAUCCGGGAGGUUCGGGUGAUUUGAAUGAUGUGAGAAAGAAGAUGACUGAGGCAGAGUCAAUUGCGGAUGGGAUUAUAGUCAAUACUUUUGAAGAAUUGGAGUCUGAGUAUGUGAGUGAGUUUAAGAGGAUCAAAGGUGGUGAAGUUUGGUGCAUUGGCCCUCUUUCAUCUUGCAAUAAGUUGAAUUCGGACAAGGCUGAAAGAGGCAAUUUUUCGGAUUCUCCAGAGAGUGAAAUCGAUUGUUUGAAGUGGCUUGAUUUGCAAGAACCAGAGUCAGUGAUUUACGCGUGUUUAGGUAGUAUCAGUAGCCUGACAGCUUCUCAACUUAAGGAGCUCGGAUUAGGCUUGGAAGCCUCAAACAGGCCUUUUAUAUGGGUAAUAAGAGGAGGGCAGAAAUCACGAGAGCUUGAAAAAUGGAUUGAAGAAGAGAAUUUUGAAGAGAGAACAAAACGCAGAGGCUUUUUGCUGAGAGGCUGGGCGCCUCAAUUACUAAUUCUGUCACAUUCUUCGAUUGGAGGGUUCUUGACACAUUGCGGAUGGAAUUCAACUCUUGAGGGAGUGUCCGCGGGCAAGCCAAUUAUAGCGUGUCCGCUGUUUGCUGAGCAGUUCAUCAAUGAGAAGCUGGUGGUGCAAGUACUGGGAACAGGGGUGAGUGUCGGAGUAGAAGCUGCGGUGACUUGGGGAAUGGAAGAUAAGUUCGGAUUGGUAAUGAAGAGAGAAGAUGUGAAGAAUGCCAUAGAGAUUGUGAUGGAUAAAGUAGGGGGACAGGAAAGACGAAAGAAAGCUAGAGAGCUUGGGGAGAUGGCAAAGAUGGCUAUAGAAGAAGGAGGAUCUUCUUACUUUAAUAUGAAAAGUUUGCUCCAGUUUGUCAUGGCAAAAAAUGAACUUAUAAGCCAUGUGAUCGUUCCUUCCACCAAAAGGGCCAUAACGAUUGGAGCUGAUUUGCUACUUCUGGAGAAAACUUUUUCCUCAACAGAAAUGGCUAAUUCCAGCAUUCAGGAGCAGCAUCAGCUUCACUUCCUUUUGAUUCCUCUGAUGUCUCAAAGCCAUAUAAUCCCCUUAACAGAUUUUGCAAAACUACUUGCUCUCCGCGGACAAAACGUGACCAUAAUCACCACUCCACUCAAUGCUAUCCGCUACAAACCAAUCAUUGAUCGAGCCAAGAAUUUGAACCUCAAAAUCCAGCUAGCCUCUCUUGAGUUUCCAAACCGCCAAGCCGGGUUGCCGGAGUGCUGUGAAAAUAUGGAUUCACUCGCGUCGCUAGACCUGGGACAUGACUUUUUGAAAGCAAAUGAGAUGUUGAAAGAACCGCUGGAAAAAUUAAUGCAACAACUGGUUCCAAGGCCGAGCUGCAUCGUUUCGACGAAUGCUCUGGUAUGGACUAAUGAAGUUGCUAAGAAAUUCAAGAUUCCUAGGUACGUGUUUCACACUAUUUCUGCCUUCACAAUGGUGUGUACUUUCAAGAUUUCUGGUAACAAGGUGCAUGAGAGUGUUAAUUCGGACACAGAGUCAUUUGUGGUGCCUGAUAUGCCGAAGAAAAUUGAGUUUAAGAGGUCUCAGCUGCCCGAAUGGCUCCGAGAAAAAUCAGAUGACAAGAAACAUAUAAUGAACAUGAUGAAAGACACGGAGCAUCUGGCCAGAGGGGUUUUGGUGAAUAGUUGUGAGGAAAUGGAGCCUGUUUAUUUUGAAGAAUACAAGAAAUUGAGAGGCAGAGUUUGGGGAAUUGGGCCAACUAUUUUAUGUAACAAGGAGAAUUCGGACAAGUAUGACAGAGGUAACAAGUCCUGUAUCGAUGAAAACCAGUGCUUAAAAUGGCUUGAUUCGAUGAAGCCUUGUUCGGUUAUUUAUGCUUGUUUUGGGAGCCUAAGUCAUAUCCCAGCGCCUCAGCUGAUACAAAUCGGUUUAGGACUAGAAGCUUCAAAUAGGCCUUUUAUUUGGAUAAUCAGAGAGAAUGAUCACUCAGCUGAGACAGAAGCAUGGCUAGAGGAGAAUAAAUUUGAAGAGAGAGUGAAAGGAAGAGGCCUAGUUAUCCGAGGAUGGGCUCCACAAGUUCUGAUACUAUGCCAUCCUUCUGUUGGAGGAUUUUUCACACACUGUGGGUGGAACUCGACACUGGAAGGCGUGUGUGCAGGCGUGCCAAUGAUCACAUUGCCUCUGUUCGGUGAACAGAUUUUUAAUGAAAAGUUUGUGGUUGAUGUGCUUAGGGUUGGUGUGAGGAUUCAAUUGAUGUCGGAGAAGUUGGUGAAGAGUGAGCGAGUGAAGGAUGCUGUGAAGGAUGCUAUCAAUGAGCUAAUAGAUGGAGAAGAGGCAGCAGAACGAAGAGAAAGAGCGAGGGGGCUUGGGGAGUUGGUCCAGAAGGCUGUUGAGGAAGGAGGAUCAUCUCAUACAAAUAUCACCAUGUUUAUUCAAGAUGUCAUGCAUGCAGCAACAAGUCCAUCAUAGUAAGCUUAACUGAGAUUUGUUUCGGUUAUGUGCUCAUCUGAAACAAGAACCCUUAAAAAUUCUAAUUAAAUUGGGGGGAUUUAAAUUUUAUUA